ACCGGGCAAAUGACAGGGCUCACAGGUAAUAUCAAGCAUCAAAAUAGAAAUUAAGUUUUACUGUAGGACAGUUAUUUUCUGAAAUGACUUUGAUAGGUAUAAGAGCUUCAUAUCACAGGAUUCUGAACAGAAUUCAGCAUGUAUUACCUGCUAAACUAAGACCUCUAUACAACCAUCCUGCAGGUCCAAAGACAGUGUUCUUCUGGGCACCUGUUUUUAAAUGGGGCCUGGUUGUUGCAGGCAUGGCAGACAUGGCUCGACCUGCAGAUAAACUCAGUAUUUCUCAGUCUGCAGUACUUCUGACCACAGGUGUUCUCUGGUCCAGAUACUCUCUUAUCAUCCUCCCAAAAAACUGGAAUCUGUUUGCAGUAAACUUGUUUGUUGGUUUCGCUGGUGCUUCGCAGCUAAUUCGAAUUUGGAGAUACAACCAGGAGUUGAAGACACAGGAGACAAUUACUUCCUAAAUGUUUAGUAAUGGAAAUCUAUACAAAUGUAAUACUACAGGCCAAGAACUGAAGUUGACAACACACAAACAUGCACACUCAUCAUUCCUGUAAGCGCACAUUCCCAUCAUUUCUAUGCUUUGCACAUCACAAACAAAGGAAAUCAUACGUUGGGUUAUUUAAUGUAAUUACUUAUGUUAUUAGAUUACAUACGCUAUAGGUUUUAUAAUGAACAUUUGGGAAUUGCACAUUCCUUUUUAUUUAUAACCAAGGCAUUUAUAGAGCCUCAUAGUUUCAAAAUGCUUGUUUUUUAAGUAAAAUGCUUUGUAGGUUCUUGUUAAUUUGUCAUACAUUCCUUUCCCAUUCCAUUACAGUUGUUGAUCAACUUAAAUAAUAAAUUCAUUGUUAUUGUGCCUGUAAAACUAAUAUAAAAAUGUUUUCCCUUGGAACGUCAAUAAAUUCAAUGAAUUUAAUUAAUUUCAGUGCAGCACAUGCUGUAUAAUAAA